AUGGCAAGAAGUUUUAUGGAUCUUAUCUGGGACUAUGCGGUGUUCGUCGUGUUCAUCAUAUUCUCCACCCUGUUCCCGCUCUGGGGUUGCUUUUUCGGCAAGAAGGAGAAAACCAAGGCCGACUAUGUGUUCGGCCUCGGCACAAUAUCGAUGGGUGCGAUGAUGCUUUCGAUCGCCCGCGGUACGCUUGGCGUCCGAUCGUUUCUGGGCUACCCGAGCGAACUGUUCUAUCGCGGAUCGGCCAUGUGGGAAACGCUGUACGGCAUGGUGACCGCGUAUCCCGUCGUCUGCUUCAUCUUCAUCCCGGUGUACUUCAACCUGGGCGUGACGUCCGUUUACCAGUAUUUGGAUCUGCGCUUCAACAGCCGGCUGGUGCGAUGUCUCGCAUCCGGCACGUACAUCGUCCGGUCGCUGCUUAAUCUGGGCGUCACGGUAUACACACCGACGGUCGCCAUGAACACCGUCAUCGGUGUACCGUACUGGGCAUCGCUGAUCGGCAUCUCCGUCAUCAGCAUCGGGUUCAACUUGCUCGGUGGACUGAAAGCGGCUAUCACGGCGGACGUAAUACAGGGCGUGACGAUGAUCCUGAUCUCGCUGGGCAUUAUCGUACAGGCGAUGAUAACGGUCGGUGGGUUCGAAAAGAUUUUCACCAUUCCCGCCAAUGAAGAUCGUUUGAAUUUCUUCAACUUUACCGGUGAUGUGACGGUGCGCGUAGACACCACGUCCGCCUGGCUCGGUCAGCUGUUUAUGUCGCUGAGCAUAUUCGGCUGCCAGCAGAACUUUGUGCAGCGCUAUCUAAGCAUGAGCACGUUCAAGGAGGUACGCCGCACGCUGAUGAGCAACAUACCGGUCGUGAUUGUACUGUUCUGUCUGGCGUGGAUCGUCGGGAUGGGCGUUUACGCGGUGUACGCCGUGUGCGACCCGAUGAAGGCCGGCUACAUUAACAAGAUGGACGAAAUUUUGCCGUUCUUUGUGGAGGACAAAUUUGCCUACCUGCCGGGCGUUUUGGGCAUCUUCAUGGCUUCGCUGUUUAACGGCGCGCUGAGCCUGAACGUAUCGAACCUCAACUCACUGGCAACGGUCACCUGGGAGGACUUUCUCUCACAUCUGCCCCGCUUCAAGGGUAUCGGCGAUAAGCAGCAGUUGAACGUUAUUAAGUUUAUUGGUUCGAUUUACGGUGUGAUUGUGAUGGGCGUUGGGUUCUCGGUUGGACUGCUGUCGGGUGUGAUCGAGAGCAGUAUGCUGAUGACGUCGGCCACCUCCGGACCGCUGUUGGGUGUGUUUCUGCUCGCCAUGUUGGUGCCGCUCGCUAACUGGAAGGGAGCCGCCUGCGGUAUGGUCGUGUCCCACAUCAUCACACUGUGGAUAACGUUCGGCAGCUUAACGGUGUCGAAGGAGGUUAUACUGCUACCGACUACCAUUGAGGGUUGCACAAACGACACAUUCUCUUCGGGUAUUACAAAACCCACCAAAUCCUGGCUGCUAGCCAACACUCCUCUCGAGGUGGAGUCAGAAUUUCCCUACUUUGACACCACCCCGCAAGCACCGGUACCGUCCGCGACCGGAUUCCCGCAAAACAUCUAUUCCGUGUCGUACAUGUACUACAGCUUAAUCGGCACCUUCCUAACCGUGGUGGUGGGAACGCUGGUCAGCCUGUUGACGUCGCACAGCGACGAUGCGUACGAUCGCAAACUGUUGCAUCCGAUCGCUUACCACUGCAGUAAGCUAUUCCCCGGCAAGGAACGCCGAUACAUCACCAACCCGGACAUUCGGCCGAAGGAUGUGGAGUCGGCAGAAAACGGUGGCGCGAAAAAAUCACCGCUCGAUGAGCUUGAGCGUGACAAUUUGGGUUUCGAUACGGUCUCUGAGCAGUCUGGUGUUACGGUGGUAAGCGUCGACCCGAUACCACCGAAGUUGGAUAGGCCGGAGGUGUACCGGAAGCAUGACCCCGAAGCCGACCACUAG